AUGCGAGACCAAAUACCAAAGAAAAACUCACCCCCUUACAAAUCCAAUCAAAAGGCCAUGUCCACCAAAUCUGCCGGUUGGUCUGGGAGACUGAACCCCGGGAAUCGCGAGUCCGCCUGGCAUGGGCAUAAUGAGGCCGUGUUGACGAAGUUAUUUGAAAGCUGUAGAUGUUUACACCACUACUCCCAAUAUGAGAUGAUGUUGCAGAAGGAUGUUGCACAGACACAGUUGUCUCAUGCACUAGACAACAAUGUCCAAAUGGAAGCUGGCUGCCAAGGCAUAGAAAUGGACAAGGAGGAUCCGGCAGAAGAUGAACCUGAUCAUUACAACAGUGAAGACAUCCAAGGAAAAGGGCUGGAGAGUGGACAGGAUGAACAGGAGUACAAACAGAACAACGACUUGGAGUCAGAGGUCAAUUUCAAGCUUCCAGAGGGGGAGCUGUUCACCACUCAAGCUCAAGUGGGAGUACAAGUUGAUGCAGACAUCGGAGAAAUCCUAGAACAGGAUGCUGAUCGUCACUCGCUGAAAAGUAUCAACUCAGACCACACAAAAAAGAUUGACCGUAUACCAGACCGUGUUAUGUUGCACAUCACCGAUCGGAAUCUACAGUUACCAGAGGAUCAAAUGCACCAGUAUGCAAAUGCAUACAAACGCCAUGGAGGUCGUCUCGUUACUCACUGCUGUGUUCCUUUCAUAGAAGAGGACAAGAAGGCACCCAAUCGAAAAUUGACUGAAGAAAUGCUCCCUGAUGGCAUUCAGAGGUAUCUCCAAAUGGCUGAUACUGAGCUUUUGGAGUAUCUAUCCAUUCACUUCCACAAGCACCGCAAAGAAACACAUGUUAUUACACGUGCAACAAGUGGUCCCUUUUGGAAGUGGACUGCUGUGGAUAGGGAGGAAGUCCCUGACUAUAACCUCAAGACACGAAAGGUGGUUAACAAGGAAGAGGAUGAAGUGAAGGCAAGAGACUGGUUCUUGAAGUGUGGGGACCUACCUGUUUAUGAGACUGGCACAAAGUUAUCUGACACUGCCCUCACAAGCAUGAGGGAAGCAGUGUAUGAUGUGAUCAGGGAGUGCAGGACCAAGUAUACUUAG